AUGCUGACCCUGCUCUUAGUCUCAGCCAUCUUGAACCCUGAAACGCAACAACAACAACAAUCCGGUGUCCACCAAAACCACCAAGUCAAUCGAUUGGUGUCGCCACCUCUCUCACCCAACAACACCUGUGGAUAUGAUACCCAUAUGCUUCCACAAAUCGUGAUCCAUGGUAAACCACGUAGCCGUUUUUCUGAAAUGGAAGAUGCCAUCAUUUGCGAAGGUGUUGCCAAAGGCUUGACGUGGGGUCAAAUUUCUCGACAAUUACCUCAUCGUAAGCGAGCCACUUGUUUCAAUCGUUAUCGUACCUUGCAAGGUAUUCGCAAGUCUCGUAGACGUUCAUCAUCCUCAUCCAACACGUUGUCAUGUGCAUCAUCAUCCACAUCAUCGCCCUCGCCUCCGUGGGUACCAUCUACUCCACCCGAUCUUACUGCUACUGCUACUACUACUACAACAACAACAACUGCAACCCCUUCAUCAGCUAGCAGUUCCUUCAACACCACCACCACCACCACCACCUUGACGUCUCCUCUUUCAUCGACUGCCGAUCUUUCUCGUUUCAUCUUGCCCUCUCCGAGUGAAAUUCUCCACAGCAAAGAUAUCAAUCUUGUCUCCAACAGCAGCCGUUUACCACCCCUCGUUGCACCUACAGCCCGUUAUGCCUACAGACCCUUCACACCCUACUAA